AUGUCACUGGACAGGGUCGAUAUCCCUCUGAGGGGAAUGAUAGACGACCAUCUACUGAUCGUGCCAGCAUCUCAUGAGAAAACACCUCGUGGUGCCAGCCAGGUCCCCGAGGACCAGGGCCUCGGGCGUGUAGGGGAGAAGCAGAUUCUCAAGCGUCGCUUUGGCUUUCUGUCUAUCUUGGGGUUUUCCUGCACCAUCUUGGCCUCGUGGGAAGGAAUCUUAUCGACUUUGAUCAUUUCCUUCGAAGAUGGAGGGCCGGCUGGAACCGUCUAUUGCUUUUUGAUCGUCUGGCUGAGCACGUUCUCGACCUUCCUGACGCUGUCGGAGUUGGUCUCCAUGACACCGACAUCGGGCGGACAAUAUCAUAGGGUAUCAGUGAUGUCUCCUGUUGGGUGUCAAAGGUACCUCAGCUUUCUGACAGGAUGGUUAAUUAUCAUCAGCUGGUUAGGAGCAUUCACAUCCACUUGCUACCUGAGUGCCUCGCAGAUCCAAGGCCUGGUUGUUCUGAACCAUGCCUUCUACGUCCCUGCAGCAUGGCAAACGUUUGAGGGGUUCGUGUUGAUCCUGCAUAUCCUUGGCUUCUUCGCUAUCAUCAUUCCCCUUCUCUACUUGGGUAGUCAUAACGAGGCCUCCGACGUGUUCACAGAGUUCCGCAACGACGGAGGCUUUCAGAGCGAGGGGCUGGCCUUCAUGGUGGGAAUGACGGGGGCCAUGUUCUCCUUCACCGGGGCCGAUACUGCUGUGCACAUGAGUGAAGAGAUCCACAACGCGGAGCGAGUGGUGCCCCACACCCUCUUCACCAUGACCGAUGUCGACAGCGCGCUAAAAUUCCCAACCGGGUAUCCCUAUAUGCAGGUCUUCUGCUCAGCCACCAGCUCCGUCGGUGGCUGCACGGUGAUGAGCGCCAUUGUACCAAUUCUAGUCACGGCAACGGCCGUCGGAUCGUUGGCCUCGUCCUCUCGGAUGGUCAACACCCAAGCCGUCCCCCAAUGGUCCGUCCUCGUCGUCACCAUCGCCGCCAUCCUGCUUGCCCCGAUCAUUCUCGGCUCCGCCGCCGUCUUGAAUGACGUCGUCUCACUCUGCGUCAGCGCACUGUACACCUCCUACCUCAUCUCCGCCUGUUUGCUCAUGUGGAGGCGCUACACGGGCGGCAUCCGCGACCCCGCUGCCACGGUGAUGGACACGCUGGUCAAUACUCCCGGCGCGCCGCUCGCAUGGGGACCGUUCCGCAUCCGUGGGGUGCUGGGAGUCCUAGUCAAUGCCUUCACCGUCGCCACGAUGAACUGGGCGGUGGUGGGCACGGCCGGGACGAGCUUGAUUAGUACCAUCUACUAUAUUAUUUGGGAUGGAAAGGUGUAUACCGGGCCGGUGAUGGAGAUUAAUCGGGAUUGA